UGUUAUUUUCAUUUUUGCUCUUUUUUCUAACGAUGGUGGGUGAUAAAACAAAAUCUUUAAAAGCUUAAUGUUCGGUCUCAAAUGGCAGCUACAACAACAACAACACAAUUGAUCAAUCUCACGCGCUUUCCACGCUUCAAUCUUCACCACUUCUCAGUAAACAAUGUUCACAUUCUUCAUCACCAACCCUUUCCUUCCAAACUCUACUACAACCAUCGUUCAAAUCUCAAAACCAUCAAUUGCAAUUGCAAGCUGAAUAACUCAAGUGGGGGAGAACCAUAUGAGAUUGAUGUAGGUGUUUUUGGAGGAUAUAAUGGGAUUGAAGACGAGAGUGAUGAGGAUGACGAAGAGAGUAAUGUUGAUUUGUUGAUAAAAUUCUUGAAUAGGUAUGAAGGGUGUGAGAAUUAAAGUUAUGGGUUUGGAUCCAAUUGAAGAACUUGAGGGAAAUAACCGUGUGGUUUUGAAGUUUUAAGAGGAUGUGCUGGAUUUUGAAUGGGGCAAGAGUUUUUGAUAAAAGAGUGAGUUUUUUCAUUGAGAGUGGAUUAAGUGAUUGUGGAAAAUGUUAAUGAAAUCUUGAUCUUGUCAAUUUUGAUUUUGGUGACAGAGAAGGAUAAGGUUAUGUGAUGGAUUUAGAUUUCAAUUUUUUUAUUUUUGAAAUUUUGGGUUUAGAUUAUGAGGGUGUGAUAAAGAAGAAAAAGG